UGUACUUCUCCGGGCGGUUGAAUGAUCUCAGUGCUGGCAGGGAUGGAGACAGACUAUAAGCUACGUGCUCGCUGUCGCUGACAUCAAUGAAAGUCAACGAUGAGGACAGCCGCGGGAGCUGAGGAGAAAUGCGCGGUGUGGUGACUGUAUCUUUAUCCCGAAAUGAACCACCGACCUCCGGACGCGACAUGAGAGUCUGGAUCCUGACUGUAACAGCACUUGUCGCCGCUCACACCGCCCGGGUAUCGCCGCAGUUCGUGGACCCAGAGGAUUUUCUGGAAAAGUACGGCUACCUCCAUCAUGACCACUACAUCCACAAUGCAGCGGAGGUGCAGUCAGCCAUCCGAGAGUUCCAGUGGCUGUCCCGUCUACCUGUCACAGGGCAGCUUGACGGCGCCACCCUGAAGCAGAUGGCAGAGCCUCGCUGCGGCGUGUCAGAUGAAGGCAGCCAGCAGGUCUGGGCACAGAGAGUAAACGUCAUCUUUACUGGGAAGAAGCGACUGCUCCAUCGCAGGAGGCGCUCUGCUGCAAAAGCUGAGAAGUGGUACAAACGCCAUCUAACCUACCAGAUAGUGAACUGGCCUCGCCACCUGUCUCUGGGCUCUGUGCGGCUGGCGGUGCAUGCUGCCUUCCAGCUGUGGAGCAACGUGUCGGGCCUGGUCUUCCAGGAGGCCCCUGAAGGGACCGCAGACAUCCGGCUGGCCUUUUAUGAGGGGGAUCACAAUGACGGGGUCAGCAACGCUUUUGAUGGACCAGGGGGAACCCUGGCUCACGCCUUCCUGCCUCGCCGAGGCGAAGCCCAUUUCGACAUGGCAGAGAGGUGGACACUAAACGGACACAAGGGCCACAACUUGUUUAUGGUGACUGCCCACGAGAUCGGACACACUCUGGGACUGGAGCACUCCCCUGUGCGACACUCUCUCAUGUCACCGUACUACAGGAAACUGGGCCGGAGCCUGGUUCUGAGCUGGGAUGACAUCAUCGCGGUGCAGCAGCUGUACGGUAAGCCAUUGGGUGAUCGCCCCGUGAGGUUGCCAGGUCAGGUUCUGCAUGCUGCGCUGCAGGAGUGGGAGUUCACAGAGCUUCAAAAACAGCACGAGACCACCGGGCUGCCUCUCUACUGCCAGGGUGUCUUUGAUGCCAUCACCAUAGAUCAGAAUGAGACUGUGCUGGUGUUUCGUGGAAGUGUGUACUGGACAAUAUCGGCUGAAGGAAGUGUGAACGGACCACUCUCGCUACGUCAGCGCUGGUCUGACCUCCCUCAGGCCAUCGAGGCUGCUGCCUUCUCCCCACUGGACUCCAAGUGGUAUUUUUUCAAAGGAAAGCGGAUAUGGCGUUACACAGGCAGAGUGUUGGACCACAGCUUCCCCAGGAAGAGCAGUGAGCUGGGCCUGCCUCGUCACCCAGACUGCGCCUUCUAUUACGCUCCUUUGGGCCACAUGGUGCUCUUCAAGGGCUCCCGCUACUUUGUGCUUGACCUUAAAACUUUGCGCCAGGAGCCCUACUACCCCCGUAAACUGACAGAUUGGACCGGUGUGCCACAGGGGACCAACGGGGCGCUGACUCGUCGAGACGGGCGCCUUUACCUCUUCAAACAUCAGCGGUUCUGGAGAUUUGACCCAGUGAAAGUGCGAGUCACCAGAGAAGGCCGGUGGGCGAAGGAUCUGAGCUGGACUGGUUGCAGUAACAUUCCUCAGAGCAACAACAUCCUUUGACCAGCAGGGGGAGCUGUGAGAUUAAAAGUGCAAUUUGUUGAUUUGCUGUGUGUUAUGGAGCUGCUGAGCUGUCUCAGCAUGAACCUGAACUGAGCUGAUGUUGCAGCUCAAACUAGUUUGACACAAAUUGAUUUAAAUGUUUUAAAGCACAUUCAGUAUUUAUACUACUGAGCAAUUAAUAUUAUUUUAUGUAUUCAUAUUGUAUGUAUGUGUAAUUACUAUCUUAUUAAUUAGUUUAGAUACUGAUUUAAUAAGAUUAAAUAGUACUAGCUCUAUGCUUUGAAAACUAUAUUUUUUUCUUUUACACACUGACAAAAAACCCCAACAUUUUUUAGUAAUACAAGGAGUGUUUUCUUUUAUCUUUGCUUCUGCAAUUAAAUAUAAGGUUCAACGUGUGAUUGUUCGUUCUCUCUGAACAAGUAGCAGUAGCAAAAAGCUUGUGUAAGAAAUUAUUAGGCAUGUCACUAUUCUGCUAAUGUAAAAAAUUCUGCAUGUUUUCUGACAUCAAACAGAAAACAUACAGACAUCAAACAAAUAAUUGGAUUUGAUCAUUUUUAAAAACACCAAGAAGUGAAGCUGUAGCCUAAGAAGUGAUUAGUGCUUCACACUGAGGUAAGCAUAAUUAUACUGCAACGUAUAUAGAGCAGAUGGAAAUUUGUUGGAUCGGGUGGUUCAGGUAUGAGUUGCCAUCAACAAGGAUGGACUAGUUGAGUUUUUUUAUGCGUGUGUUUAUAAUAAAGUCCCAAACCAGCAGCCAGUCUCUAGAGGUUAAAGCGACAGUCCUAUGAUGACUAUGCAGAAUGAUGCUCCAUCACAUACAUUCACCUGACUGAUCUCUAAAUCAAACAUCAGACUGACAGUGAGGGAAGACGAUGCAUUGAACAGCAAUGUAAAGUUUUAGUUUCUGCUGGAGCUUAUGCUGAUCAUGAUUAACCGCUUGAGCUGGAAAAAUAUCUUGCUGCAUCUUAUAAUUCUGCUCAGGACUCUGAUGUUUCGAGAACUGUCCCCAUUCACAUCCGUGAGAGCAAAACAACGUAAUUUUGUUCUCGCAGCCUCAAGAACAAGAAAAAAGUUCUCACUUCUCGCAGAGUGUGUAACAGCCUAUGAAGCUAGCUCAUGUUUCCUUUGUGUAAUAUUUGCAUUUGAAGCUCAAUAACACGAGGAAAAUGAAUCUAUGUGACUUUUGGGACACAAAGUCUUUAUAAUUUUUAAAUAAUAUAUUUAUUUUAUUCAUUUGAAUUUUAAUUCCCACCCCCCAUGUACAACAGACACUUUGGAGAGCAGCCCAACAUGUAAAGCUGUUAAACUGCAUGUAAUCAAAC